AUGGUGCUGAUCAGCCAGUUCAAACAGAAUCUCAAGAUGAGACACUUGAAAGAAAAAAAGCGUAGAGGACCGACAUUGAUGAAUAAUGUGUACACAAGGAGGCCAGAUGAGAAAAAGAUUAUUAAGUUAAAUUGUGAGCUUCAGGCCAUUGCUGAUGAUGACAAGGUCUUGUCUGAGUUUAGAAACUUUUUGGGGAUAUUGAGUAGACAGAGUGUCCCCCUUGAUUGCAUUAAUUGGCGUAGAUUUCCCGAAAAACGGAAGGAUGAGCUAUGGAGUUUUGUUAAGACAAAAUAUGACAUUCCUGAAGAAGGAAGAACAUAUACUUUACGCACUAUUGGUGCUUUGUGGAGGCUCCACAAGGCCAGAAUUAAGACGGAUCAUUAUCACAAAUAUGAUAAUGAUGAUGAUAGACUAAAAAAUAGGCCUGAUGUCAUUCCAGUCGAAGAAUUCAAGGUGCUGCUUAAUUACUGGGGAGAUGAGGAAGUGCAGAGACGAUCUAGAGAAAAUGCUGAAAAUCGUCAAAAAAUUGUGGAAACUCAUACUGCUGGUCGCAAAAGCUUUGCGCAAAUUGGAGAGCAAAUAAAAAUAGAGAAGAAUAUCCCACCUGAACAACUAGCUCCAAAGGGUGAGAUUUAUGAGAAAACACGUAAACGGGACCCUAAAUGCAAAUACAAGACAAAAAUUGAUGAGGAAGAUGAUAACGGGGAGCCAGUCAAAAAACCAAGCCAUGGACCGAAUUGGCUUUUGGGCAGAUCAGGUAAAUGUAGGACAACAAAGAAAGCUCAGGAGGAAAAACUUCUCACGACUAGUACUGCUAAUGUGGAUGAGCUGAGAAAGACCAUUACGAAGGAAGUCAUGGCUGAAAUGGACAGAAAGAUUUGUGAAAAAAUGAAAAGGAUAAUGGAAAAAUUGGGAGAUAUCAAUCCUGAUUUCAAAAACCUUGAUGUUGAAGAGUUGUGGGCUGAUGACGCAAGUGAAGAUGAUGAAGAGGACAAUGGUGUGGAGGAGAACAACAGUGAAGAAGAUGACAUUGGCGAGGAAGGUGACGGUCACGAGGAUGACAACAAUUAA